AUGGUAACGUCUGAGGAUGAUCCAUUAUUAAUUAAUCAUAUUUUGUGGACUGAUGAAUGUAAAUUUACUAAUAAUGGAAUAUUAAAUAAGCAAAAUAAUCGUUAUUGGUCAAAUAAAAAUCCUCACUGGGCUGUUCCUACAAACUUCCAAACAUGUUGGGGUACAAAUGUAUGGGUUGGUUUGAUGGGUGGUAAGUUACUUGGGCCCCAUUUCUAUGACGGAACUUUAACGGGAAGAAGAUACUUAGAUUUUUUGCAUGAUGACUUGCAAUUACUGCUUGAUGAUUUACCAUUAGAUUUACGUAGAAACAUUUAUUAUCAGCAAGACGGGGCACCUGCUCAUAAUGCCCGAAUUGUCCAAGAAUUUUUGAGAGUAAGAUUUGGCGAAAAAUUUAUUGCAACACAUGGACCAGUAGAGUGGCCCCCAAGGUCACCAGAUCUAACACCGUUAGAUUUUUUUUUGUGGGGACACUUGAAAAAUGUUGUGUAUGCUGAUCCUCCAAUCAACAUCCAAGAUUUAAAGAAUAAAAUUACACACGCAUGUUACCUCCUAAACGAAAACCAAAUACUGGCAGCAACUAAUCUUGAAUGUUUACGUCGAUUUGAGGCAUGCACUUUACACGAUGGAGGGACUUUCGAACAGUUUAUUGAAUAG